CACAAGUGAAGAUGUUGGAUAGAUAGAUGAUUUUCAUAAGAUAUUGACAUAUAUGUUUAUAAGAUUGUUUUCAUAGGUGAAGCAGUUCCUGGAGGAGUUACAAAGCAACCAACCACCAACUCCAUCUUCAGGGCACCGUUGGGAUUCUGCUGAGUGUACGGAUGUGCAGCUGUUGGCGUAUUUGGAUCAGUUUGACGAGAAGAACCGAGAGCAAGAUAGAGAGUUGGAAUUUUUAUUAGAUAUGAAAUCCAAGGAUGUCAGUGGCAGCCAAAUGGAAGGUUUAUCCAUGAUGGAGAAUUUAUCAUCCCUGAACCCAGUAGAUAGGAAGUCAGAAUUUAGUGACAAAAUUACAUUAGGACCUGUGGACGUGGUGACAUCCUCCCCCUGUACCAACGGUGAUCCAGAGACGCCGUCUAAAAACACAGCGGGUUGGACUAACUCUCAGGUGGACUUAAGUUCCUUGAUGCAGCACCUAAGAAGAGGCACCGAUAAAAGAAGGGCAGAUGAGGAGGGAGGAGGAGGAGGACCAAUAGACAUCUGUUUGGUAACCUCCACCACCAACACUCAGGUCACCAUCACCCCAGCGGGAUGUCAGCCACAUGGUAUUCGGCCGCCUAAGGUGGCACGGUCUGUGUCCCAUAGGCCAUCCGUCUCUCAGAUAAGGAGCAUCUACCCCGGGGUGACCUUGCUGAGAGAUGUGGACUUCUCGCGAGUACCUUCUGUAAUUCUCCAGAUGCAGGAAAUGAUGAGUUACAGUGUACAAAAGGAAAUGGAAGAAGCUGACAUCAGUCCAAGUGACUUACAGAGACUUGAGGUGGAAGCGCAGUUCCUCCGUGAAGCAGAACCGUUUUACCUGCGAGAUGACCCUCAAUGGCAGCUCCCUAAAUGUAGUAGCAGAAUCAUGAACAGGUCUUCCAACAAGAAGUGCAACACUAUCCCUGACCCUGCCACACUAACUAGAAUUAUUGCAGAGGCAGGUGUUGUAUAUGAUGCAGGUAGAAAUAUUGUGUUAGAUGAUCCUAAUGCAAUGAAGUGUCCAGGCAAGGCUCAUAUUGCACGCUUACUCCAGGAGACACAGAAGUUCUUCUUUGUUUGAAAUCUCUGGUGUUUAGUGCUAAGGAAGGUCCGUUUCUUUUAUUAUAGUUCCUUACAGUGAGGAGAAAAAGCUAUUGUAAAGUACCUAGACCUAAUUAACUUUGGAACUAGUAUUCUAUUGACCUUAGAUCAAUUAAAUUUAACUUGGGAACUAUUAUAUUACCCUCGGUGUCUUGUUUCAGUAUUGCCCCCGGUGCUGCUCUUUUGCCCCCGAUGUCUUGUUGCAGUAUUUUCCCUGGUGUCUUACAGUAUUGCCCUUGGUGCUGCCCUCUUGGUUUCGGUGUUCCUCCAGUGUCUUGCGCUAUUGCCCAGUGAUGCUUAUAAGUCUCCACCACAAAGUUACAUUUAAAGUGUUACCAGGUGGAUUAUCAAUUAUCCAUGCCCGUACAAUGCAGUGAAAAUUUCUCCACACCUCCACUAUAGUAGCAUAGUGUUUAAGUGAGUGUUUCUCAGAGUGUAAAUAACUUGUAAAGUGGUCAGAUGUUUUGUAUUUUUUAAUAUUUUUUUGUACUGAGCUUGUUAGCAAUAAAUGUACAUUCUUCUCUUA